GGGGCGGGGCUUAAACGUGGCAGGGUGGUUCUGUUUACUCCCCUCAGAAAGCUAUGGCUGCGACCGUCGGGGAUUCUCCUUUGCUAGCUGUCGCCUCUUCCUGGCCGUCGGGUGAUGCCGAGCUGUCGUCCCCUCACAUAGCCGCGCUGGUCCUGGCUCGAGGCGGCAGCAAAGGAAUCCCGCUGAAGAACAUUAAGCUCCUGGCUGGCGUUCCGCUGCUUGGUUGGGUCCUGAGGGCAGUCCUCGACUCCGGCGCCUUUCAGAGUGUGUGGGUUUCUACAGAUCAUGAUGAAAUUGAGAAAGUUGCCAAGCAUUUUGGUGCUCAGGUCCAUCGGAGGAGCUCUGAAGUAUCUAAAGAUUCCUCUACCUCUUUGGACACCAUUGCAGAGUUUCUCCAGUAUCAUGAGGAGGUUGAUGUUGUAGGAAAUAUCCAAGCAACUUCCCCAUGUUUGCAUCCCACUGACCUCACCAAAGUGGUAAAAAUGAUCUGUGAGGAUGGCUUUGACUCGGUCUUUUCAGUUGUGCGGCGGCAUCAGUUCAGAUGGAGUGAAAUUAAAAAAGGAGCCUCUGAAGUGACUAUCCCGCAAAAUCUGAAUCCCGCCAAACGUCCUCGACGGCAGGACUGGGAUGGUGAAUUAUAUGAAAAUGGAUCAUUUUACUUUGCCAAAAGGCGCUUAAUUGAAAAGGGGUAUUUGCAGGGCGGGAAAAUGGCAUAUUACGAAAUGCGAGCUGAGCACAGUGUGGACAUAGAUGUUGACAUAGACUGGCCUAUCGCAGAGCAGCGGGUCCUAAGAUAUGGCUACUUUGGGAAAGAGACCUUAAAGGAGGUGAAGCUUCUGGUUUGUACCAUUGAUGGAUGCCUCACCACUGGUCACAUCUACAUCUCUGAAGAUGGAAAAGAGAUUGUUUCAUAUGAUGUCAGGGAUGCUGUUGGAAUUAGUCAGCUUCAGAAAAGAGGUGUAGAGGUGCGGCUGAUCUCCGAGAGGGAGUGUUCCACCAAGAUGCUCUUCGCCAUGAAGUUGGGCUGCACCCUGGAAGUCGGGGUGACAGACAAGCUGCAUGUUGUGGAAAAAUGGCGGAAGGACAUGGGAUUGUGCUGGAAAGAAGUUGCGUACUUAGGAAAUGAAGACUCAGAUGUGGAGGGUCUGAAAAAAGCCAGCAUGAGUGCUGUCCCUGCUGAUGGCUGUCCAGCUGCACAGAAAGCAGCCAGCUACAUUUGUAAAUGUAACGGUGGUCGUGGUGCAGUCCGAGAAUUUGCAGAGCACAUCUUCCUUUUAAUGGAAAAGGUGCAUUCGGCUGGAAAAAACCUGGGGCGAUCAAGCUAGGAAGUCACCUCCAAGCGCCCGCUCUGGGAGAUGGAGUUCUGAUUCAUUCAUUCUGCUGUUGUGACUUUUCCCAUCUGUCCCCUGCAUGCCUUUUGACAUUUCCAGAAUCCAAAGAAUGCUGACAGGAAGCUUUAAAGUAUCUGUUUUACUAUUUCGCUGGAGACAAAAUCGUUAAUGAAUUGACGCAGACCCACAGUAGUGGGAAAAACCAGCAAAUCCAAGGACACAGUGUCGCCUGACACGUUUCCUAGAAUGCUAAAACGUUUACAGCCCUGUUCCCCGACUUUUUUUUUUCUGCAGCCUGAUCAUUUAGGCAAAAGUAACUUCUGCAAAAAUAGAAGCAGUAGGAAAAAGGCUUGGGGGCUUUGUUUUAGGCAGCUGUAGGUCUCUGGCUACAGGGCCAUGCCAUUAUAUAAGGAAUUGAUGACCACGGGUGGACAUCAGAUGGAACUUAAUUUUUUGCAAGAGGGCGUCUUCUAAGCACUGAAGUCUCCUGUCAGGUAGGAAUAUAGAUUCUUGGUUGUAUGUUCAAGAAGUGUUUUCUCUACAACAAGCUUUACUUUCUGCUGUUGCUCUAGAUUGAGAAACAACUGGCUUAGAGGAUCCAAUCUCAGCAACU